AUCUAUUUCAACUGAAGAAGAUUGAGAACAACUCGGGGUUGUGUGUGUGCUUGUUAGUGAAACCCUACAGCCAAAGCUUUUCGUUUCAGUUUUUGACCAACGAAACGAUCCUUCUAUUCUUGAACGCUCGACAUUCAACUUGCCCUGCACGGACUUAUUUAGUUUGUACAAACUCUGACACUUCUCUCAUGAAUGUAUUCUUCAGAUUUUCAUUUUGUGCUUCUAAGGGCUGAUCAAUUGUUAUUUUAUGUCACCCUCUUCACGAUUAUCGGUGAUGUCAACAAUGAACGACGCAAUUACAACCAAAGACUAGGGCUAUUGAACUUUUGGGUGUUUGGCUAUGUGUUUAGAAUUCAAAUAGCAAUCAAAGAAUUGCUAAAAGAAAACUUUCAAAUGAUAUCAGUUCUGAUUCUUCAACUCGAGGUUUUCUUUUGUUCCUUCUACUCCCACCCAUUAUACAAAGAUGAUGAUGCUGUGAAUGCAGAGGCUUUUAUCAACAAAGCUUCUUUUUUGGUUGGCAACAGUCAGCAUGAGGUAGGUCCACAUGAGCCAUGAACUUCAUUGCUGUUCAAUUUCGUUGCUCAGGUCUUCAAUCGUGAGCUAUGAUUUCAUUGUUUGUAGUUCUAUCUAUUUAUCUUCCAAAGUCGAUUGCAUCGAAAAUGAGCGAUGAUUUCUCUUCUCAUGUCAUUUGUGUGUUUGCUAGGAUGAUCAUAGGAUGUUGGGAUACAUAUGUUAUUCUGAUCAUAGGAUGCCCAAAUAAUGUAGUCAAAUGCAUAGUUAGGAGACGUUUAAUUUGUAUAUUGGUAAAUUUCUCAAUUGGAUCAUAAAUGGUAUGGAGUGUGAUUGGAUCUUUAUUUUCAAGAG